UUAUUGAGUGUGUACUCCAAAUUUCAAAGAAAACAAAUAUUACAAAGAAUUUGUUGUUUUACAAUUCCAAGGGAAAUUUUCACCAAUUUGCACAUAGUGUCGACAUGGUGUGCCCAAAUAGCAAUCCAGUAGUACAAAAAGUAUGUGAAUUAUAUGAGAAAAUCUCGAGAUUGGAGAACCUUAGCCCUUCCAAAGAUGUCAACAUGUUGUUCACAGAACUUGUCCACACGUGCAUGCCUCCUAAUCCCAUUGAUAUCUCUAAGCUCUGCCAAAAAAUUCAAGAAAUAAGAUCUCAUCUCAUCAAGUUAUGUGGUGAAGCUGAAGGACUUUUAGAGUCACACUUUUCAAAACUUCUUGCCACUACUUAUGAAAACCCCCUUCAACAUCUUGACAUUUUCCCUUAUUUUGACAAUUACAUCAAACUCAGUUUCCUUGAAUACAACAUCCUUACUAAAAACACUACAAAUAUCCCCCAAAAAAUUGCUUUUAUUGGAUCAGGUCCUCUUCCACUAACCUCUCUUGUUUUAGCCACUAAACAUCUUACUAGUACCUAUUUCCACAACUAUGACAUUGAUGUUGGUGCUAAUUCGAUGGCGUCCGCCCUAGUGGCGGCCGAUCCUGACAUGUCCAACCGUAUGACUUUUCAUACGGCGGACAUCAUGGAUGUAACGUGUGCCUUGAAGGACUACGAUGUAGUCUUCUUGGCUGCGUUGGUUGGUAUGGAUAAGGAGGAUAAAGUUAAGGUUGUUGAUCAUCUCGCUAAAUAUAUGUCUCCAGGGGCUACCCUGAUGCUCAGGAGUGCACAUGGUGCGCGCGCUUUUCUGUACCCUGUCCUCGAUCCUUGUGAUCUACGAGGAUUUGAGGUGCUUUGGGUGUACCAUCCUACAGAUGAGGUGAUUAAUUCUGUGAUUAUAGCGCGUAAAUUGCCAAUUCCUUGUGUUCAACCACUUGAUGGAUUGGGUGCCUAUGUGUUACCUAGCAAAUGUGCUUGUGCUGAGAUUCAUGCCUUCAAUCCACUCAAUAAGAUGAAUUUGGUUGAGGAAUUUGCACUUGAGGAGUGAAAUUUAUGUCGAAGAAGAAUUAUAAAAUUGUCUUGUGAUGUGCUGCGCGCUAGCAUGUAUGUUUUAAUUAUAUUAUGUUCCUCAUGAAUAUGGAGUAUUUUCAUUUCGAUUUUUCAUUAUUAUUACUACUUUGUGCUAUCCCUAACUGUUUGAUCAGUGUAUCCCAUUUGUGUGUCCCUUUGUCUCAACUUAAAGAAAAAAGGCAUGACCCUAUGAGGCCUUUGUUAAUCUUACAAAUUUUAUCUAUAUGAAUAUAACUUUUAUUUGAAAUGUUUGUGCAAAAGACCUUUGGGCAAAAUUUUGUUGAU